UGCUCUCCCUCUCCCUCUCCUGCUGUCCCUGCUAUGGCCAUCACUGUUGCCAGGCGCCACCGCGGCAGUGCCGGACGCCAACGGCACGUGCCGCGGCUCAUCCCGGUGCCAGCCGGGGGUCCUGCUGCCGGUGUGGCAGCCCCACGACCCGUCGACGGGCGACAAGGCCGCGCGCGCCGUCGUCUACUUCGUGGCCAUGGUCUACCUGUUCCUGGGCGUCUCCAUCAUCGCCGACCGCUUCAUGGCCUCCAUCGAGGUCAUCACGUCCAAGGAGAAGGAGAUCACCAUCACCAAAGCCAACGGUGAGACCAGCGUGGGCACCGUGCGCAUCUGGAACGAGACCGUCUCCAACCUCACCCUCAUGGCGCUGGGCUCGUCGGCGCCGGAGAUCCUGCUCUCGGUCAUUGAGGUCUGUGGCCACGACUUCCAAGCCGGUGAAUUGGGUCCCGGCACCAUCGUCGGCAGUGCCGCGUUCAACAUGUUCGUGGUGAUCGCCGUGUGUGUCUAUGUGGUGCCGGCAGGCGAGUGCCGGCGCAUCAAGCACCUGCGGGUGUUCUUCGUCACCGCGUCCUGGAGCAUCUUCGCCUAUGUUUGGUUGUACCUGAUCCUGGCUGUUAUCUCACCCGGUGUGGUGCAGGUGUGGGAAGCCCUCCUGACCCUCAUCUUCUUCCCGGUGUGUGUGGUUGUGGCCUGGGCCGCCGACAAGCGGCUCCUGUUCUAUAAGGACGUGUACAAGCGGUACCGCGCCGACCCGCGCAGCGGCAUCAUCAUCGGCACCGAAGGCGACGCGCCGAAGCCCAUUGAGAUGGAUGGGAGCAUCCCGGCACCGCCGCCGCCACCGGAGCAACCGGAUGACAAGGAGCAGGACGAGGCGCGCCGGGAAGUGAUCCAGAUCCUAAAGGAGCUGAAGCAGAAGUACCCGGAGAAGGAACUGGAGCAGCUCUUGGACAUGGCCAACUACGCGGCGCUGCUGCACCAACAGAAGAGCCGCGCUUUCUACCGCAUCCAAGCCACGCGCAUGAUGACCGGCGCCGGUAACGUGCUCCGCAAGCACGCGGCCGCCCCUUCCCGGCGCUUCCCGGCGCUUCCGGAGGCUCCAUCCGACGCCGAGGAUGAGGAAUGCGGCCGGAUCUACUUCGAGCCCUGUCUCUAUCACUGCCUGGAGAACUGCGGCGCGGUGACGCUGUCGGUGGCCUGCGAACACGGCGCCGGUGCCAACCGCACCUUCUACGUGGAUUACCGCACCGAGGAUGGUUCAGCCAAAGCCGGCUCCGACUAUGAGUACAGUGAGGGGACGUUGGUGUUCAAACCGGGUGAGACGGUGAAGGAGCUUCGCAUUGGCAUCAUUGACGAUGAUAUCUUCGAGGAGGACGAGCGCUUCUUCGUGCGGCUGCUCAACCUCCGCGUCGGCGACGCCGAGGGCAUGUUCGAGCCGGAUUGUGCCGAGCACCCCAAGGGGAAGCUGGUGGCUCCGGCGCUGGCCACAGUCACCAUCCUGGAUGAUGACCACGCCGGGAUCUUCGCCUUCCAGGAGAGGAUGAUGAGAGUCAGUGAGGGGCAAGGGUGGGUGGAGGUGAAGGUGGUGAGAGGCUCCGGCGCCCGCGGCACCGUGCUGCUGCCGUACCGCACCGUGGAGGGGUCGGCCAAGGGAGGAGGAGUGCACUAUGAGGAUGCCUGCGGGGAGCUGGAGUUCCGCAAUGAUGAGACCAUGAGGUCGCUGCGGGUUCGCCUGGUGGACGCGGCUCAGUACGAGAAACGGGAGCGGUUCUACAUUGAACUGGGGACACCGCGUUGGAUGCACCGCGGCAUCUCCGCUCUUCUGCUGGCCCAAGCGGAGGGCGAGCGGCAGCUGUCUGCGGAGGAGGAGGAUGCUCGGCGCAUUGCUGAGAUGGGCAAACCCGUCCUGGGUGAGAACCGGCGCCUGGAGAUCAUCAUCGAGGAGUCCUAUGACUUCAAGAACACAGUGGACAAGCUGAUGAAGAAAACCAACCUGGCCACGGUGAUCGGGACACACUCAUGGAGGGAGCAGUUCCUGGAGGCCAUCACUGUCAGUGCAGGUGGGGAGGAGGAGGAGGACGAAGGCCGUGAGGAGCGCCUGCCCUCGUGCUUCGACUACGUCAUGCACUUCCUGACCGUGUUCUGGAAGGUUCUGUUCGCCUGUGUGCCCCCCACCGCCUACUGCAAUGGUUGGGCCUGCUUUGGUGUCUCCAUCGUGGUGCUGGGGCUGCUGACGGCGCUCAUAGGGGACCUGGCUGCUCACUUCGGCUGCACCGUGGGGCUCAAGGACUCUGUCAAUGCUGUGGUCUUUGUGGCGCUGGGGACAUCCAUUCCUGACACCUUCGCCAGCAAAGUAGCCGCCCUCCAGGACCCUUGCGCCGACGCCUCCAUCGGCAACGUCACCGGCUCCAACGCGGUCAACGUGUUCCUGGGGCUGGGCCUGGCCUGGUCGGUGGCCGCCGUGUACUGGGCCUGCCGCGGACGCCCCUUCGAGGUGCGCGCCGGGACCUUGGCCUUCUCCGUCACCCUCUUCACCGUCUUCGCCUUCGUGGCCAUCGGGGUCCUGCUGCUGCGGCGCCGCGGGGCCGUGGGGGGUGAGCUGGGGGGGCCGCGAGGCCCCAAGAUCCUCACCACCGGCCUCUUCCUCGCGCUCUGGCUCCUCUAUGUGCUCUUUGCUAGCCUUGAGGCGUAUUGCCACAUCCGGGGAUUCUAG